AUGCGCGACGAUUCGAGACUGAUAAUUAUCAGUCUCAUCGUUGCUGGAGUUAAACGACCACCUCGAGCGUUGUUGGAUUCGGGUGCAUCCAACAACUUCUUUCGAGCAUCAUGUUUGUCCCUUCUCCCGUCGACAGUUACGGUUCGAGAAGGUCCAGGUGACAUCGUUGUCAAACUUGCUGAUGGACAACCACAGCGUGUCCCGCGUAAAAUAGUGGUUUUGCCGUACACGUUCGACGGCUUCCAAAGUAAUGACGAAUUUUUGGUGUACGAGAUGAAUUAUGCAUUCGAUUGCAUCUUGGGGAUACCGUGGCUGUCACGAUAUCAGCCGACGAUAGACUGGCUAUCUCGGUCCGUCAAACGACGAAGCGGUUACGACGUAAGUGAAGUUUUCACUCAUCUGUUGGUAGCGCCAUCCGAUUGGCCUCACGUCAGGGUCGUGAACGAACUCGCCACGACUAGAAGUCAGCACAGAGAGAGCGAUGGCCCUCUGUGUCCGGUAUGUUCAGUCACACUGAUAGAACCACAACACGAGGCGGUUGAACAGAGGUUCCCGCAAACCCAGACAUCGGUCGAGCAGGGGCUCCCGAUUCACAACGAGACGGUCGAACAGAGGUUCCCGCAAACACAGACAUCGGUCGAGCAGGGGCUCCCGAUUCACAACGAGGCGGUCGAACAGAGGUUCCCGCAAACACAGACAUCGGUCGAGCAGGGGCUCCCGAUUCACAACGAGGCGGUCGAACAGGGGUUCCCGCACACACGGACAUCGGUCGAGCAGGGGCUCCCGAUUCACAACGAGGCGGUAGAACAGGGGUUCCCGCACACACGGACAUCGGUCGAGCAGGGGCUCCCGAUUCACAACGAGGCGGUAGAACAGGGGUUCCCGCACACACGGACUUCGGUCGAGCAGGGGUUCCCGAGUUCUAGCGAGGCGGUCGAGCAGGGGCUCCCGCAUACACAAACAACGGCCGAGCAGAGGCUCCCGAUUGUAACCGAGGUGGUCGAGCAGAGGCUCCCACAUACAUCUGAGGCGGUCGACGACGAGCUCCCGCCUCUUAUCGACGAGAAUGAACGGGCUGUGGACUUAAAUGUGAACGACGUGGUGGAGACAGAGCUCCCACGUCUAGCGGGGGGUACUUCAUCCUCCAGCGACAGCGACGUUCCAGCCUCGAGCAGUGGCUCAAGACGCAAUAAAAAGCGUAAACGCAAGAAAGGUGCACGCCGAUCACCAAGACGACGAAAUUCUCGCUCAACCGCCGUUGACGAUGAUACUGUAUUGACGGAAUCCGUUUGUGCGCUUGAUUAUGUGGAAGGGUCUUCACAUCGUGGCCGCUACGUUGAGGUAGCGAGCCCUCCGUGCACUGUUGCAGAGAUCACAUCUCUAUUAACCCUACCAUGGAAAGAUUUUCUUCACGACCUCAAGGCCGGCGACAUCGAGCAAGUGUGCAUCAUAUCAGCCGCCGAAGCAGCUAGUAGAGAAGUUCCGGAGGCUCGCCCAAAGAGCGCUGAGCCCAAAUCAGCGCGCGAAGAACGUUUCGUGGCACAGUCUUGGGAAGCCCUUCGUGCUUCGGGCAACCCUGUCUAUGAUAUCGCGCGUGAGUAUGCCGACAUCUUUCCGGAGAAUAUCCCCGCUGAGCUUCCAGCGGAUCGUGGUGUGCGACACGAGAUCGAUCUCGUGCCAGGAUCGAAGUAUUGCGUGACGCGGCAGUGGCCGCUACCGCGUGACCAAGUCAUCGCAAUUCAUGAAUUUUUUGAGGGCCGCCGUAAGGCAGGACACGUCCGCGAAAGCAUAUCGCCACAUUCGAGUCCGACUUUCUGUGUGAAGAAAGCCACCGGCGGUUGGCGCAUCGUGCAUGCUUUUAACAAGUUGAAUGACGCCACGAUCCCGGCUCAAACACCAAUUCCUCGGAAAGACAUGGUACUGGAUACCAUGUCCGGCAGCGAGAUUUUUAGCGCCAUAGACCUGACAGACGGGUUUUACCAGAUUUUAAUGAGGGACAGUGAUAUCCCGUUCACCGCUGUCAGCACACCGAGUGGGAUGCUUUGGGAGUGGCUAGUCAUGCCACAAGGCCUUAAGAACGCUCCAGCAACGUUCAACCGGAUGGUGACACAAGUGCUUCGGCCACUACGUGAUUUCGCUCCAAGUUAUUUCGACGAUAUUUUUGUUCACAGCCGCGCUGAGCAACAACUCAGCGCUACGGAGGUCCACCUUCGGCAUUUGAAACAGGUGUUCCAAGUGAUGCGCGAGAACAAACUGUACGCAAAUUUGAAGAAGUGCGUCUUCUGCGCUCCCGAGAUUCCAGUUCUUGGAUGCUAUGUUAGCAAGGAAGGUGUCCAUGCUGAACCCGAGAAAGUGUCAUCGAUAUGUUCAUGGCCUACGCCCAGGAACCAAACGGAACUACGCCAAUGGCUUGGCUUGGCCAAUUACUUGCAUAAGUAUACGAAGAACUAUGCAGAACUAAUCCAGCCACUAUCGACUCUACUGAAGAAAGACGCAGUUUGGUCAUGGAAAGCUGAACAUCACUCUGCCUUCAACUCUGUGAAAAAGAGCUUGUCUGAAGCACCAGUGCUGAUGUUGCCUGAUGAUUCCAAGCCAUUUCACGUCGUCUGUGAUGCGAGUGAUUCCGCUAUUGGAUGUGCCCUCAUGCAGUUUGACGAUGAGGGCCGAGAGCGCGUCGUGAGCUUUCAGUCACGACAGAUGAAACCCGCAGAGAGGAACUAUCCGGUACAUGACAAGGAACUUUUGGCUAUGCGUUACGCGCUGAUCAAGUUCAGAGUAUAUUUGCUCGGCGAGAAGAUGUUUUUUGGUCUAUACAGAUCACGCAUCAUUGCGUACCGCCGUCAAGACUCCCCACUUGUCCCAGCGUAUGGCACGUUGGUUGUCAUACUUCUCAGAGUAUAA